GGGACAAUUACGGCCCUCCCCCUGGCCCUAUGGGUGGUCGUAUGAACGAUCGCAUGGGUCCGCCACUGAGAGGUCCGCCAGGAGGCCCGGGUAUGCGAGGCCCUCCACAAGACCGAUACAUGGGCAGAGGUCCCCCCGGGGCUGGUGAUAUGAACCAUGGUCGGUCCGUAGACCCUCGCGCGCCCGCCGCCCUACCGACGCCUGUGUUGAUGGUGUAUAAUGUGCCGCCAGCAGUGAACUGCGACGGUAUCUUCAAUUUGUUUAGUCUGUACGGCCAAGUGAUGAAGGCCAAGAAGCUACCAAACAAGGAAGGUGCGUACAUGGUUGAGAUGCUGGACGGCAUGGCGGCAGGUGCUGUCCUGGAUGCGCUCCAGGGGACCACGUGGUAUGGGUCUGAGGUGGCGCUGCAGCCGUCCAAGCACUUGUUCAUGGGCGGUAACACAAGUACCAACGAGACCAGGACUGUAGUCGACUACACACAGUCUGAGCACAAUCGCUUCUCACGGGGCAACAAGAACACCAAAGUGCACGAGCCCACAAAAGUGGUGCACUUCUAUAACCUGCCCCCUGAACUGACUCUGGACCAGCUAGGAGCUAUCUUCUCGGACAACGGCGCGCCCAUGCCCAUUGACCAAGUCAUUUUCAACAAGGGUCCGGAGAAGAAGUCGUCGUCUGGUCUGGUGGAGUUUGCGGAUGUUGAUUCGGCCACACAGGCAGUCAUCAGCGCGCACCACUCACAGAUCCUCAUGGGAGAGCGCAAGUUCACCGUCAAGAUGGCGUUCUCAGCCACAAUCGCCGUAAACAGCAAGAAACAGUAGAUGAUACGAUUGGAUGAUACGAUUGAUCUCAUUGUGUUUGUAUGAUACGGUGCGAUACAGACACACACAGCAGCUUUGUAUAGAGGCGAAGCGAUGUUCUGAGGGUGAGCGUAUCAGGUUCAGGGCUCAAGGUGGCGAGUGCCUUCAUAAUGAAACUCGGCCUGUUAACGAUACUGGUAUAUGAGUGCUGCCCUGAAGGAAUCAACACACGCUUGGUUUCAGGGGAAACGAUGUACACGUGGCUGUGUCUGUGUGUGCGACUGUCCAGUUCAGUCUACCAGAACAUACCUAUCGACUACUGUAUUACUUGACACCC